UGUAGUAGCCUAGUGUGUAAGCAGGCACGCACUCAUACCCGUUUGGGUAGCCACUGAGACUAUCUACAAAGGAAGGUAACCUACAACAUUGCACUGAACCAUUCAAGGCGCGUGGAGGGACAAACUGGUUAUAAUUACAUUGCAGUCUGUUUAAAGAAUAGGAUAUGUCCUGUAGUUUACCAGUAAUUCUUCGGUUUAAUUUGUUGCCCAACUUAGAGGCUACACUUUCACAGAAAAUAUUUGGCCGGUUCACGUUCACGUUUGGUCAGACAAUUGCAGUGACGAAUAGAGGGGAGCAAAGAACACCUCAGCAAGCUCACCUGACCGCGGAACAAACAAAAGAGCCAUUUAUUUGAAAGAGGAUUGGCAGAUCUGAAUGGGAUGUUAGUGUGGUGGGGUGGAGGACCGACUGAAGGAGCAUGGUGAAGCACCAACCCCUGCAAGUCUACGAGAGGCAGCUCUGUUUGUCAUGUCUGACGGGGAUCUAUGGAUGCCGCUGGAAACGCUAUCAGCGGUCACAUGAUGACACCACCAAGUGGGAGUUCCUGUGGUCCCUCAUCUUGUUUGCCACCUUCUCGUUACUACUGGUCUGGUUCUACUUCUGGUGGGAGGCACACAAUGACUACAAUGAGUUUAACUGGUUUUUAUAUAACCGCUCAGGAGAGUGGAGCGAUGGGACGGUUCCAAUCCUGGCCACCACUGCCGCUGGCUUCACAUACAUAGCCUUUCUACUGAUCUUAGCUCUGUGCCAUGUAGCUGUGGGACAGCAGCUGAACCUGCACUGGCUGCACAAGAUUGGUGUGACGGCCGCCCUGCUGACCACGGUCAUUGGCAUGAUCUCUGUGAACCAGAUGUGGGGGGAGGAGUGGGACAUCGUCAUGAUUUCACUACAGGCCACAGGUCCCUUCCUGCAUAUCGGCGCCCUGGCAGCAGUGACGGCUUUGUCCUGGCUGGUGGCAGGACAGGUGGCACGUGCCGAGAAAACACGAUUCCAAGUGCUGGUGAUGGUCCUGUACCUGAGUGUGCUGUUUGCUCUCUACUUGGCCCCUCUCUCCAUCACCUCCCCCUGCAUCAUGGACCAGAGCAGCCUCAAACCACCGCCCAAUAUCAUUGGCCAUCAGGGUGCCCCCAUGCUGGCUCCAGAAAACACAGCUUUGUCCUUCCAGAGGGCUCUGCGUCUCAACGUCAGCGGCCUGGAGGCAGACGUCACUAUAAGUGUGGAUGGUGUGCCCUUUCUGAUGCGUGACCGCACCCUGAAGAGGACUACAGACGUAGAGCAAGUGUUUCCUGACAGGCAGUUUGACGACGCAUCCCUCUUCAACUGGACAGACCUCUCCUCUCUCAACGCGGGCCGGUGGUUCAUCAAGGAUGACCCCUUCUGGAUGGUGCAGUCGCUGUCUCCGCGAGAUCUGCAGCAGGUGGAGAGCCAGCGGGUGUGCAGCCUGCAGCACAUGCUCCACCUAGCCGCCUCCUCCAACCGCACGGCCCUCCUUCGCCUGCGCCGGCCCCCGCUCGAGCACCCCCGCCACCAGAGCUGGCUCAACGACACCCUGGAGAGCGUGCGCCUGUCUGGCAUCCCUCAGCACAUGGUGCUGUGGACGGAGGAGUGGGAGCGGCGCUUAGUGGAGGCGGCAGCUCCAGGCUUCCAGCAGACAUCUCUGGAGAAGCUCCCAGUGGAGGAGCUGCAGCGGAGGGGCAUCAGCCACCUGCUCCUGCGCUACAACCAGGCCAACGAGCGCGACAUCCGGGAGUUCUCCAGCCAUAACAUCAGCCUGACGCUGUACACGGUGAAUGAGCCGUGGCUGUACUCCCUGCUGUGGUGCAGUGGUGUGCCCUCCAUCUCCUCUGAGGCCCCCCAGGCCCUGCUCAAGAUGCGUGCCCCCAUCUGGCUCAUGAGUCCAGAUGAGUACUGCCUGAUUUGGAUUGCCACGGAUCUCAUCUCCUUUGCCAUUGUGCUUGGAGUCUUCGUGUUCCAAAAGUGGCGAAUGAGUGGCAUGCGCAGCUACAACCCGGAGCAGAUCAUGCUAAGUGCAGCCGUUAGAAGAUCCAGUCGUGACGUCAACAUCAUGAAGGAAAAACUCAUCUUCUCUGAGGUGAGCAAUGGAAUUGGUGGUGCAGACGAACUGUACAUGGAGAACGGCUUUGACUGCUACACCAACCAGGGCAUCGCCCACUGAUGGCCAGGUGUGCAGCACUGAAGCCACUCUACUGAACAACUCCCUACUGGCAGAAAGCCAGAGGCCCCAUUUCUGUCCAGUUCCUCUUGUGCUGCUGACCAAAAAAGGGACUUCUAUGAAAGAAUGAAAUAUGGGUAUCACCCAAUGCUCUGUAUAUUUUGUAAAAAUGAAGAAUGUUUUUUGUCAUUAUUAUUAUUAUUAUUAUUAUUAUUAUUAUUAUUAUUAUUAUUAUAUUUUGUUGCUUUUGUUGAAGUCAUGACAAUGCGAUGUGUGAGAUUUGCCUCCUUUUAAAUUGUUAUAUUUGACCUAGUCUCUUGUCUCCAAAUUCGAGGGGGCCAGACAGACUAGGCUUUCCAGCAGUGGAUUUAACCUCUAAUAUGCACACACUGGAAGACCAUAGGGGUCCAUCUUUUACUUUGUCCUCUUAUCUUAUCUAACUGAAGUAAUGAAAUGAUUACUGUAUAGUGUUUUGUGUCAACACACAUAUGCAGCGUUAGCAUGGUAUUCUCAGUUCUCCACCUUUUGUUUGGGACUCAAACUGUUGGACUGUAUGAGCGGAAAUGGGUGUAGGCUGUGGUGCAGCAUCGCCCACCCCAGAGGGAAGAAGUGAACAUUUUAGUAUUUGAACAGACACUCUCCCCCUCCUCUGUGCAUGUGAUACACAUAUCAUUUGGAGUAAGGUGCUGAGUUUUUUUUUUUUUUUAAUUUUUUCAAAUGGACUUUUUUUGAAUGUGUGUUUUUGUUUUUAAAUGAACUGUUGUGAUUAUGGUGGCUAGAGAGUUGAAACUGACUGUGUGAGGUUUUGUUUCUGGCUCGUGUCAAGUUGGAUUCUCUUGUAUCAAAUCUGAGUAUUACUACAGCAUGAUGUGGAAAUGCACGUCUUCUCCAGCUCUUCACUGUUGCUCUGGGACGAGGACCUUGGCUUGUCUGAAGUGUGGAACACCAGGCCAGGCACUGCAACUUGAAGCUCUGAUUUGUGAAACUACCAGUGCAGGUGUACCAAUAGAACCAGUGCACACAAUAAAGCUGAGAAAUUGCAAACAAA